AUGUCCUUCCUAAGGAACUACUUCGGUACCUCCGCUGUCCCGGCGAAGGAAGAGAAGAAGCCCAUCCGUGCCUUGCCCGCCUCCUGGUACACAUCGCCGGAGAUGUACGAGCUCGAACGACGCUCCAUCUUCUCCCGAAAGUGGCUUCUCACCACACACAAGCACCGAGUCCCCAAGAACGGCGACAGUAUCACAUAUGACGCCGCGGGCUACGAGUUCGUCGUCGCCAAAGACAACAACGGUAACAUCAUUGCAUACCACAGCAACGACCUCUUCCCCGCGCAUGUGCACAUCGAUCUAAACGGAUUCGUCUGGGUGAACCUGGAUGCCAGCGAAACCCCUGAGGUCGCCUGGAAAGACGACUUCGAGGGCGUCGAUGAGCAGCCCCGGUUCAAGCAAUACAACUUCGAGGACUACUCCUUCGAUCACACUUGGGAUAUGGCGGGCGAUUUCAACUGGAAGAUCCUGGCAGACAACUACAACGAGUGCUACCACUGCCAGGUCGCGCACCCCGACAUCCCUACCAUCGCCGAUCUCAACUCCUACUAUGUCAAGACCAAGGACGGCCACAUCCAGCACUACGGCGCCCAGCGACCUGACCAGGUGGCCAAGGGUUUCAACAUUGCAGUUACCUACUUCUGGCCGAACGCUUCUUUCAAUAUCUCUCCCAAUUUCUUCUUCAUGCAGCGAUUCACCCCGACCAGCCCGACUCAAUGUGUAAUGCGCUACGAGGUCUACCGUCACAAGGACGCCACCGACGAGAACUUCAACCUCAUCAGCGACAUCUACAAGCGCAUCAUGUCGGAGGACAAGUACCUGUGCAUGCACACGCAGAAGAACCUCAACACUGGUGUCUUUGUCAACGGCCAGCUUCACCCCGAGAUGGAGAAGGGUCCACUUCAUUUCCAGAAGACUGUUCGUGAUGUUGUUACGGAACACUUUGCUAAGGAGGAGGCUGCGGGUCAUCAGAUCUGGCCUGCGAAGCAUGAUCUUCCUGUCGGCCAGGAGCAGGAUAAUGCUUUCCGUACUGGUGUGUCUGACUACAAGGUCGAUACUUUCAAGAACUCUAUGGGUUCUGGGCUCUCUACGGUAACGGCGAUUGCUGUAUAG